AAAUUUCCAAUUUUUUCCAACAGUUGCCACUAGAACCUUCCAACAACUCUGCUCACUCAGUCCCUUCUCUUCUCCCUCACAAAACCAAUUGACAAGGGUUUCUCUAGGGUUUUACUCCACGCGCCCAUUCCCCCACCGUGUUCGUACAGUUACAGUACCCAACCAAAUCAAUGUUCCGGUCACAGGGCCUCCGCCUCGCCCGCCGCUCCCUCUCCUCCUUUCUCCUCCCCAAUCCCCAUUCAUCUUUGUGCGACUCCUUAUUGAAAGGCGGCUGCAGGAGCUUCCGCGCCGCACUGUGCGAUCAAUCUACGGUGGGUAAUGAGAGGUAUUGGUUGAAGGGAGGAUUGUUUAACGAUAUUUCAGGCGCACCAAGGUCAAUUCACAGUAAUGCACAAUCGCCGAAAGAUUUCUACGGUGUUCUUGGUGUCGAUAAAAAUGCAACAGCCUCCGAAAUCAAGAAAGCUUAUUAUGGGCUUGCAAAGAAGUUGCAUCCCGAUACGAAUAAAAAUGACCCAGAAGCUGAAAAGAAAUUCCAAGAAGUCCAGAAGGCAUAUGAGGUCUUGAAGGACGAAGAGAAGCGUCAACAAUAUGAUCAGCUCGGCCACGACGCUUUCGAGAGUGCCGGUAAUGGUGAAGGUCCUGGUUUUAAUCCAUUCGCAGGUGGCUUUAAUCCUUUCCAGGACAUGUUCAGAAAUGGUGAUAUUUUCAACAUCUUCAACAGGAACAUGGGCGGUGAAGAUGUUAAGGUUGCAGUUGAAUUAUCGUUUAUGGAAGCUGUUCAGGGAUGCGCCAAAACGCUUUCAAUCAUGACUGAUUUGGCUUGUGAUACUUGUGGUGGAACUGGCGUUCCUCCGGGAACAAGGCCCGAAACAUGUAAACGAUGUAGGGGCUCUGGUAUGAUUGUAUCGCAAAAUGGUCCUUUUACACUUCAAUCUACUUGUCCAACUUGUGGAGGGGCUGGAAAAAUUGUAUCGAGCCUCUGCAAGUCUUGCAAGGGUAAACGGGUAAUGAGAGGGCCAAAGACAGUGAAUUUGAAUAUUAUGCCAGGGGUGGAUACGAAUGAAACUAUAAAGAUUCCAAGAAGCGGCGGAGCAGAUCCUGAUGGAAAUCAACCUGGCGAUCUUUACGUUUUGAUUAAGGUCAGAGAAGACCCGGUAUUCCGUAGAGAAGGUGCUGACAUCCAUGUUGAUGCAGUCUUAAGCAUCACUCAGGCGAUUUUGGGAGGAACAAUCCAGGUUCCCACACUGACUGGCGAUGUGGUUGUUAAGGUACGCCCUGGCACUCAACCUGGCCAAAAGGUUGUUUUGAGGAAAAAGGGGAUUAAAGUCAGAAACUCAUUUUCAUUUGGCGACGAGUACGUGCACUUCAACGUCAGCAUCCCCACAAAUCUGAGCCAAAGGCAGAGGCAAUUGAUUGAGGAGUUCACCAAAGAAGAGCAAAAGGAAGAUGACAAGGGAGCUGCUGCAGGAGCAUCAGGUUGAACACGAUCGCACCCUCUAUAAACAUUAUAUACUUAGGCAGAUGAAGAAAUUACAUUUCCUCUCGAGCUGAACAUUUAUGGCCGAGCAAUUUUGGGAUAAAGGAGUCGUCGGCAGUCGAAUAUUUUUACGCCUUCCCUUUUAUUAGGCAGGCGAUGUAAAACAUUUCUCGGCUGUGAAGCAUAUUUAUUCUUGAUAGCUGUUUUGGUGAAAUUGGGCUUCGUUUUAUUGUACAUAAAAACAUUAAUCUUAUGGAGAUGAUGUAUUGACUGUGUAUGUUUGAACACUAUGGAACAUAAUGAGUCUUCUCAUUCUCUCUAAUAAUAUCACUCCAUUACUCUAU